AUGACAGACCAACAACAACCACCCCGCCCCAAAAUCAAAUACAACCUCCGCAACCCCCUCCCCCUCUCCGCCUCCCAAGAAGCAGAAGUCCAAGACCUCUUCCACAAACGCGUGCGAAGCCAUUGCGCCGCUGAGAUCAAGGCAUUCGCCGAAUGCGCCGUGAACCGCACCGUAACCGCAACAUGGAUCUGUCGACAGCAACGACUCACCAUGAACGGGUGUAUGCUUGCGCAUGCGAAGCCAGAGGAGGAGGAUCGGGCGAGGGAGGAGUGGUUUGCAACUGCGGAGGAGAGGAGGAGGGUUAGAAAUGAGGAGGAUGAGAGGGUGAGGAGGAGGAGGGAGGAGGUUAUUCGGAUGAUGAGGGAGGAUGAUGAGAGGAAGAAGGCGUCGGGGUAG